UUGAGGAGAGAUCUCAGUGUUUACCAUUUUAUAGUACAAGUAAUUUUUAAGACGAAAUGAUGUCCGCCGGAUACAGUGAACAACAAUAUUACGUGAAUCCACUUCAACGUUGUGGAGAUUUGGAAAUGUAUCAUAUUGAUUAUAGUGAUAGUCUAUCGGAUACAAAUAUGUCCGACUUGUAUUUUGAAGUUAGUCCCGAAUACCAUUACUACGAAACCUUAGAUGUCUACUCAUCAACAACAGUGUCUUCGGGUACAGUGCAACAUAUUCAAAAGAAUCAUCAUCAUAUCAAAUCAAAAAUACAAAAAUUAAAGGAUUUGCACCACAACAACAACAACAACUCAAAUCCUAUAUGCAGUGUGGAAGUACUGAAGAAACGUCGACUUGCAGCCAACGCCAGAGAACGCCGCCGAAUGAACAGUCUAAACGAUGCUUUCGAUAAGCUAAGAGAUGUGGUUCCAUCGUUGGGAAACGAUCGCAAGUUAUCGAAGUUCGAAACACUUCAAAUGGCACAGACUUAUAUUGGUGAUUUGAUGACACUGCUCCGGAGAGAUUUUUAA